GCGGCGCCAUUUUGCGAACGGCGAGCAGCGGCGGCGGCGCGGGGAGGCGCAGCGGAGGUUUUCCUGGUUUCGGACCCCAGCGGCCGGAUGGUGAAAUCCUCCCUGCAGCGGAUCCUCAACAGCCACUGCUUCGCCAGAGAGAAGGAGGGGGAUAAACCCAGCGCCACCGUCCACGCCGCCCGCGCCAUGCCGCUCCUCAGCCUGCACAGCCGCGGAGGCCGCAGCAGCGAGAGUUCCAGGGUCUCCGUCCACUGCUGUAGUAACCUGGGUCCGGGGCCUCGGUGGUGCUCCGAUGUCCCUCACCCACCCCUGAAGAUCCCAGGUGGGCGAGGGAAUAGUCAGAGGGAUCACAAUCUUUCAGCUAACGUCUUUUACUCUGAUAAUCGGCUGAAUGUAACAGAGGAACUACCGUCUAAUGACAAGACGAGAAUUUUUAACGUCCAGUCCAGGCUCACAGACGCCAAACACAUUAACUGGAGAGCGGUGCUGAGCAACAGCUGCCUCUACAUCGAGAUCCCGGGCGGCGCUCUGCCCGAGGGGAGCAAGGACAGCUUCGCAGUGCUCCUCGAGUUUGCUGAGGAGCAGCUCCGCGCUGACCACGUGUUUAUUUGCUUCCACAAGAACCGCGAGGACCGAGCCGCCUUGCUCCGUACCUUCAGCUUUUUGGGCUUUGAGAUUGUGAGACCGGGGCAUCCCCUUGUCCCCAAGAGACCCGACGCUUGCUUCAUGGCCUACACGUUUGAGAGAGAGUCCUCGGGGGAGGAGGAGUAGUGCGACGCCCGGGGCCCUCGGUGUGUGCUCGGCGCGACCUGUUGCGCCCUGACCAGGCAGCCUGCUCACCUGCUGCGUGUGUCCGCAUGUUGUAAUUGUGCAAAUAAACGCUCACUCCAAAUUAGCUGUGUAUUUCUUGAAGUUUAAUAUUGUGUUUGUGAUACUGAAGUAUUUGCUUUAAUUCUAAAUAAAAAUUUAUAUUUUACUUUUUUAUUGCUGGUUUAAGAUGAUUCAGAUUAUCCUUGUACUUUGAGGAGGAGUUUCUUAUUUCAAGUCUUUUGGAAACGGUCUUAGGCCUCUUAACUUGGAAAGAUAGGUAUUAAUCUACCCUUCUAUUGCUCUCAAAAAUCCAAAUAAAAGUGAUCACACCUCCAA